CGGUCACCGUCGGCUUGGCCGCUCGUCGAAGGGAGAUCCCGCGGCGGCGUACGUGGGUCCCACCUCAUUUCGACCUCAGAUAGACAGAUUUUUUUCUUUUACUACGUUUCUAAUCCGCGAACCCGUUUGAGAAUCCGGAGGUGGGGUUUGCUCCGUUUGAUUUUUCCCCAAUUCCAUUUCCCCCACUCUCACCAUCGACAAACUCGCCGAUGAGCGUCGCCGGCUGUAAUAUCUCGGCGGCAACCUUAUCCUCCCCUUCGUCCGGCCCAAACCCUAAGUCAAGAUUCCGAGUCCCUCUAGCUUCCUCUCAAUUUUACCCAAAUACUAGGUUUAGCGGCGGAGCUCCCGUCUCCCUCAGCUUGGCUAGCCGAAAUCUUCGGCCGAGGAGCGCAAAAGUUCGAGCUUCAGCAGACAAUACGACCAAUCGGAUUGAGAAAUUGGUGAGCCGGCUGCCUAAUGGUGCUCUCGCCGCCGACAAGAUAUUCAGACUCAUUGCCGGCGCCACCGCCAGUCCCAUCGCCCAGUACAUUUCUUCACCCACCACGUUUCUCCAUUCCGUCGACCCUAGAAUCAAACUGAUAUGGCUGCUGGCUCUUGUUGUCCUGCCAGCAAGAUCGCACAUAGUAAUGCGAUUCGGAUUGGUCGCCUAUUUGGCUGCUCUAUCGAUUAUCGUCCUCCCUCGCAAUGUCUGGAUGGAUCAAUUGGGAAGGGUUUCAUUGCUGUCCGGGAUUCUGUUCUUGAUGUUAGGGUUUGGUUCGGAUUCAGUACCUCCACUUGUGCAGUUGAGAACUCCACCGGCUUCUGUAACAGGGUUGCCUAACCUUCCACAGUCUUUGCAAGGUUACUCAUACUUGAUUCUGAAGCUAGGUCCUCUGCAGUUUACGAGGAAAGGCUUGUCAGUUGCGAGCACAGCUGCAUGCUUAACCUUCACUAUCUUUCAAAGUGCCAGCCUUUGCCUUGCAACUACAACACCAGAACAACUAGCGUCAGCUUUGCGUUGGUUCCUGCUUCCGUUGAGAUACUUGGGUGUUCCGGUUGCUGAAAUGACACUAACCCUAAUGCUCUCCCUGCGAUUCAUCAAUCUUGUCUUCGACGAGGUGAGAAAUGUAGCGCUAGGAAUUGUGUCUCGUAGGAUCAACUGGAAGCUACUGACUGUCAUGGAGACAAUCGAAAUUCUUGCUUCCUACAUUCGACGCAUCUUCAAGAACAUCUUCAGCCAUGCAGAGCAGAUAUCUCAGGCGAUGAUUGUGCGAGGUUUCAGAGGAGACAGCAAUGCUCAUAAGAUCUACUUCUUAUCAGACUCGUCACUGGGGAUGGCUGAUUUCAUUUCGUUACUGUUCCUCGUUGGUGUUGCCAGUGGUGCUGUUUUGUCCGAUCGCUUUCUCAUAUGAGGCCCAGUUUACAAUACUUUACAUUCCAAGUUGUAAUUAGGUGAAACAUUUAAAUCAGAGCUUAUCUUAAAGAAUUCAGAUUAAUCAGAGUACCAAUUGGCCCAGAAGACACCAUUAUGAAGCCAUUGCUUAACAGUAACUGAUUAAUCCGUGUCUCGCUAUAUCGAUUGAUUUUGAAGGAUGUUGAUUAAUUUUCUGAGAGGCGGAACUACAAUAUGGAUGCAGAGAAUUUCAGGUUGCAAGUUCAAGACCUUGGGAAUUGGUAAAAGAACUGUGAAACUAAUCGGUGGGGAGACGAUCUGUGGAGCAGACUGAUUGUAGGAUGUGCAACAAUCCGGUCUAUGUUUUGGAUUGAGCCGAUGUUUGGCGGAGCGAGGACCUGGAAUGGACUGAACAUAAGGGUGGACAAACAAUUCGAUCUCGAUGAUUUGAUUCUUUUAUAUGAUUUGACGGAGAUAGGACAUGUGGAAUCAGACUGAGCAUAGAUUUAAGUGAAAAUAAAUCAGAUAAUAUCAA